GUCGUUACUCCAAACAGCAUGUAUCUGUCAAACUAUACAAUUCAUAAAAUAUUUACCUCGACUUUUUUUUAACGUUUUUCCGCAAACUACUUAAUGUUAAACAAAAAUAAAAAUGAGACGCAAAACUCUAUCGUGUAUAGAGCAAUUUGAACUUUUAAGAAAAGUAAAAGAUGGUGUACCAAAGGAAACAAUUGUUCAAGAUUAUGAUAUUUGUACAUCAACAUACUAUAGAAUAAUUGAACGUAAAUCGGAGAUUUUAAAAAAUACCAACAAUUUUGAAACAAAUAGAAAAUUUUCGAAAGCAACUAGUGCCAAAUUGUUAGAUGAUGCUGUUAUAAAAUGGUAUUUACAAGAAAGAGACAGAGGUAGUACACUUUCAAUGGCAAUUAUUCAACAGAAAGCUCUUACAUUUGGUAAAAUGUUGGAUAUACCGUUGCAUAAAUUUAAAGCAAGCAAUGGUUGGUUUCAAAGUUUUAAAAGAAGACACUGCAUUACAAAUAUUCAAAUUAAAGAUGAAGUCGUAUCAAAUGAUUUUGGAGCGGAAAAAUUUUUCUACUGUGUUCUAAAUCAAAAAAUAGCUGUUGAAAAUUUAUCAACCGAAAAUGUUUAUAAUGCUGAUGAGACUGGUAUUUUUUGGAGAACAUCUCCAUUUUCUCAACAGUGCACAAUGGAAAUGAAAUAUCAAGAAACAAAACAUUUGAAUAGUCAUAUUACGGCUUUAUUUUGUUCGAAUUUCAAUGGUAGUCAUCGAAUACCUCCGCUAAUAAUUGGAGAUUCCGAAAUGUAUGGAUAUUUAGAGGAUUUUUUUACUGGUCAUUCAAAGGAUAAACGGUUAAAAUAUAAUGAAAAUGUUAAUAUCAUUUAUGCUGAUCAAAAUAAAUCAUAUAUGGACAGUGAACUCUUUAUGCUAUGGUACACGGAUAUUUUCAUUCCACAUGUCUUGGCACAUCAUAAUUCGAGAGGCAAAACGGGAAAGGUGUUAUUAAUUCUAGAUAACGCACCAUGUCAUCCAGAUGUAAAAGAUUUAAAUUCAGUACACCAAAAUUUUGAAGUUAUCUACUUACCGCGUAAUGUGUCACCCAAAAUUCAACCCAUGGAACAGGGUUUAAUAUCAACAACAAAAAUACUUUAUAAAAAAAAUUUACUACAGUCAUUAUUAAAUUACAAGAAGAUACCAUCUUCUGAUGAAUUUUUCAAUCAUUUAAAUUUUCAGGAUUGCUUAGACCUGUUAAGUAGAGCUUGGUACGGUAUUGAUUCAAUUAGUCAUGAAAAAUAUUGGAAAUCACUUUUGGGUGAUCCUUCCUUUAAUGCCGAGAAUUUUACAUUUAAAAGAAAUUCAAAUGAAGAUUUCAUAAAAUCUUCCGAAACGUCUAAUGAUAAUUUUUUUAAAUUCCCCACUGAAGUAUGGAAUCAAUUGAUUCAAUUAUCACCACAAUUAGAAUAUUCUAAAGAAUUGUUCAUUAAAUGGUUUGAAAAACACUACAGUGACUGUGGAUGGGAAGCAUUAAGUGAUGUUGGAAUUAUAGAUUUUGUAACAAUAAAAAAGAAAAAAUUGGUGAUAAAUAACACGGAAUUUGUUGAAAUAUCAGAUAAUCCUGAGGGAAAUGAAAAUAAUUGUGGAACAAUAGAAGCAAUAACAUCAUCAGAUGCAUUUGAGGAUAUAAUAACAUUUGAUGAUUGUUUAAAAAUGGAAUGUGCAAAAAGUGACAAUGAGGAAAAUGAAAAUACUGUUGAAGCUGAAAAAGCAGAAUCAGUAAGAAGUGAAAUUGAAGAAAAUGUGGGAAGCAAGAUAAUAGAAUCUACUGUUAAGAGUGAAAUUGAAAUAAUUGAUAAUAUUGUGGAAAGUACGGAUUCACAGCAAGUCACAUCAUCAAAUGUAUUAAGAGAUGAUGAAACAAAUGAAAUAAGGGAAUUACAAGAAGUAUCAUCAACAGAAGCACAUUUGGGACUAAUGACAUUUAGAAGGUGGAUGGAAGCUUCGGGAAGAACAUCAAAGAAAUAUUAUCGUUAUAUAGAUCAAUUAGAAAAUCUUAUAACGAAAUAGGAUUUUUCCAAUUAAAGUAGAUCUUCACAAAAUUAUUUUUAAAUUAACUUAUAUGAGCUGAACAAAUAAAAAUUAUCGAAAACUAUUUUUUUUAAACAAAAGAAAAUAUAAAGAAGUACUAAUGUAUUUUAUUAUGAACUCAAUAAACAAAUUGCUAUACGCUUAGUUGAAUGGUAA